AUGAAGAGUCAAAGUAUUUACAAGAAAUCCAAUCCAAUCAGGUCCACUUGCAUCAAGUCCAUUGAAGCUAACCAAGAGUUCUACUUGGCAGUUAUUGAAUAAUAGAUGUGUGUGAGUAUCUGUGCUUAUAAUGAAUAAACUGGAGAAGUCUUUGUCACUUAAUUUUUAGAUUGCACCACUUUCAAUAUCACUUCAUCCACAAUCUUGAGAUUUGCCCCCAAGAUCUUGAUCUCUAUUGAAAAUAAUGAAAAAAGCAUGUUUUUUAAAUAAUUGGAAGAUGAAUUGAAUGAUACUCUGAUCUACUUUUUACCUCUCAAUGUGUUGCAAAUUAAAUUCGAACUAAAUCAAUUUAGUAAAUUUGUAAAAUAAUUAAAUUAACUCCAAUUAUGCUAUACUGCAUUGUCCUACACUGUCAAUUAGCAUUUGAAUAUCCAAAUCACCAAUUUUCCAGUUCAAUUCUACAACAUUAAAGAGGUCCUAGUAUUCAACAUUUAAACAACAUUGAGUUUAGACAUCUUAAAUCAAUUGUAUAAAUUAUUCAAGCCCAUAACAAAUGGAGGUAAGAGAUUACUUAAAGCAAAUCUACUCUAACCUUUUAGUACUUUACAAACGAUUCACAUAAGAUAAUAGAAUGUAAAGGAAAUGCUUGGCAAAGAUGAUUCUACUAUUCAAUCCUUGAAAUCACACAUGUUGAAAUUCAAACAAGUUGAUACUUUGGCUUGUUAAUUGCAGAGCAAAAGUACUAAACUAUAGGAUCAAUUAUAAUAAAUAUUCAAGAUCUACAAUUUCCAAAAGGACAUAAUAAAUUUUACACAUUACUUGAACGAUUAAAAAUUGAAUAAUAUCAUGGAUAUAGAUAUCAAUGGGAUUUUAAUGAGUGAUGAAUUCCAGAAUAUUCUAAAAUAGAUAGAGUAAUACAUCGAUGUAACUUUAUAAUUGAAUAAUAUCGAGGAAGACACUCUAUUUUUCAUUAUGUUAAACGAGAAAUCAAAUAAUUUAAAAUAGAAUCGAUUAUAAUUUAUAGCAUUAAGAUAGGAAAUAAACAAUCUAUUUUAAAGGUUGAUGUCAUGUUUUUGUCUAAAUUUGAAAUGCAAGAAGCUUAAGACCAAUGAUAAUUCAAUAAAAUGUCUGAAAAGUGGGUACAUCUUUGAAUUAUCUGUAAAUGAAGCAAAUAGAAACAACAUAAAUGAAUUAGAUAUCAAGAGAAUAGUUGAAAAAGAAAAUGAUUCAAUCUCCUUUAUUGAUAAAAACAAUAAAAAAUACAGCAUUCUUACUGAGAAACUUAAGGAUCUAAACAAUAAACUGAAUGAUUGCCAAAUGAACAUAUUAUAAGAAACCUAACUCUAAGUUAACAAUUUGUAUGAACAGAUGCAGAAGUUUUGUUCUUGGAUAUUUUCUCUUAAUUGUUUGAUCAGUCAAUUUGAUAUAGCACUUUGUAUAAGAGAUUAUACAAUUUAAAAUGUAUCAAAUAAGUAAUAGAUGAUAUUCCCUCAAUUUGAUCAUAACUAAUUCAUUAUCAAGGAUGCGUCAUACCUAUACUCUGUGAAUUCCCAUGAUACAUUUAAUAAGUUAACAGUUUCAUUCAAUUAAUUUAAUAUCAUUUAUGAUUACAAGGAGUGUUUAUCAGAAUAAUUGAAACUAAUAGGACAACUGAUCAUACUCUCACAAAUUGGAUGUACAUUGCCUUGUUCACAAUUCAAAUAACAGUUGCUAAGUUGUAUAUACACUCAUUUUCAAAAAUAUACUAUCUAAAAUUUAGCAGAGAGGUAAUCUUCAUUUACUGCUGAAAUUUAAUCAUUGAACAAUUUAUUGGUUUCUGAAUUGCGUGAUUCCUUAAUUCUAUGUGACUCCUUAGCAAUUUCAUCUUCACAUGAAUCGAAUGUGUCCUUUAGCAUUUCAUUUUUGGAGGCUAUCUUCAAAAAAACUCACUUUGGUUUGUUUGGAACAUAAAAUUCUGAUAUCAUGCAAAUCAAUGAUUUAAUUUAAUGCAAAUGCAUGAUAUCAAAUACUAAUUAGAUUGACUAAAUCUAAUCGAACGAAUUGGAACAAAUUCUUGACGAGGAAUUUAACUUAGAUUACAAGUUGAAGUUACUAAAUAAGCUACAAUAAACCUUUGAUUUCCCUUCAACCUUUUGUUUGAUUUUUGAACGUAACUUUAAUAAAUAAUAUGCUUGA